GCUAUCGGUAUAUUGCUUGCAGCUCAAGAAUUCAUACUACAACAGAUUACCCUCGUUGCUAUGGGUUUUACAGUUAGGUUCAUUCUAGGAGCUCCAUUUGUGAUUGCACUUCUAAUCUACAAAUGGCGAAGAAGACAUUUAUCGUCCAACAACACUAUAGAAGAUUUUCUACAAAGUGGCAAUUUCAUGCCCAUAAGGUACACUUACUCCAACAUUAAGAAAAUGUCUAAUGGAUUCAAGGAUAAGUUGGGGGAAGGGGGCUAUGGGUCUGUAUAUAAAGGCAAAUUACGCAGUGGCCACUUGGGAGCCAUUAAGUUGUUAGGCAACUCUAAUGCUAAUGGGGACGAUUUCGUGAGUGAAGUAGCUACUAUUGGAAGGAUUCAUCAUGUUAAUGUGGUGCAGCUUGUAGGUUACUGUGUCGAAGGUUCAAAGCGUGCUUUAGUCUAUGAUUUCAUGCCAAAUGGCUCUCUUGAUAAAUUCAUUUACUCUAAAGAAGGAUUGAUCACUUUAAGUUGCAAGAAAAUGUAUGAGAUCGCAGUUGGAGUGGCUCGUGGCAUUGAAUAUUUGCAUCGAGGUUGUGAAAUGCAGAUACUACAUUUCGAUAUCAAGCCUCAUAAUAUCCUACUUGAUGAGAAUUUUAUACCAAAGCUAUCAGACUUUGGGUUGGCAAAACUAUAUCCAGUGGAUAAUAGCAUAGUCUCUUCAAUGGCAGCGAGAGGCACAAUGGGAUAUAUUGCUCCUGAGUUGUUCUACAAGAACAUUGGUGGUGUGUCAUACAAAGCUGACGUCUAUAGUUUUGGGAUGUUGUUGAUGGAAAUGGCAAGUAGAAGGAAAAAUGUAAAUGCAUUGGUAGAGCAUUCAAGCCAAAUUUACUUCCCCUCAUGGGUUCACGAUCAAUAUAAUGAGGGGAAGAACUUGGAGAUUGGUGAUGGUAAAACAGACGAGGAUAAGAAAAUUAUUAAAAAGAUGAUCAUAACUGCAUUGUGGUGUAUUCAAAUGAAACCAAAUGAUCGACCUUCCAUGAAGAGAGCCAUAGCAAUGCUCGAAGGAGAUGUUGAAUGCCUAGAAAUGCCUAUGAAGCCAUCUCUGUGCCCAGAACGACUGCAGGCAAUUUGA